UCAUGACCCACUAUUUCCAAUCCAUCAAAACAUUUUGAUGUGUACGACUUAUUAAAAUUGGGCGAUCAAUCUCUACAAGGUCGGCUUUGUUCAGACUGGCUUGUCAGAGCUGAGAUUUCCGGAGUGCACGUGAACGCAGCAGCGGCUGUCAGGRGAUGCUGUCUGCAGCAGCGGAAAACAGACAACAAUGUCAAAGAAGAGGACAAGCACGGUGCCUCUCCACGCUGAGUGACGGAUCAUGGCCGGCCGGGGGAGAGACGGUCCUCCCGGCAGCUCCAGGGACCGUGACAGCGGCUUAGAGACAGCCGCCAUGCCCCGGCAACAAGAGCCGCCCGGAGAGAGCGAAGAAGCCCAGGAGUCUCUGCGGGACCUGCCGCGAUGGAUGCGGCUGUACCUCUACGGGAUGCACGGCGUGACCCUGGAUGUCCUGCUCUCGUCCCUGCAGGGGGUCGUCAACCACAAAGACCCCAAGCUGGUGGGCUUUUCCUCCCCGUACCUGUGCGUCAUGCACGCGCUGACCCACUUCGCGCUGGAGAAGAUCUACACCCAGAAGAGGUGCUUCCGAGCUCGGCCCGUGAUCUUCCACUUCAUCUUCUACCCGUCCGUCUACAUCGGGCUGCAGAUCCUGAUCGGGAACGUGAGCACCCUGACCGAGCAGGUGCGGCUGGUGUCCGGGACGCAGCUGGCGGCGCACUACGUCCUGGCUCUGUACUUCUCUCAGGUGUUCCACAGGGGCAUGUCCCACCUGCAGUAUCACCCSUCCUCCUCCGCGGAGCGCCACUGGAGGAGCCUGCGGGGGGGCGCCGGUSCUCGCGGUCUCCCCGGCUUCGCCCGUUUCCUCUUCUUCGGGAUGCACGGCUUUCUGGACGAGGUGCUUUUCACCGCCCUCUUCAACCUGGCGGAGAAGUCCGACCGGACCCUGGGGGGCCACACGUCCCUGUGGUCCUUCCUGAUGUACGGCAGCUGCAGCUUCGUGGUGGAGAAGCUCUACUACCGGCUGCGCUUCGGCCGCGGGUGGGGGACGCUGCGGAGGCUCCCCGUCUACAUCUGCUUCCCCUACGCCUGGGAGCUCACCUGGGGUCUGGUCCUGAGGCAGUUCGGCGCCUGCUCCUGGGACUACUCCCACUACCCGCACAACUUCAUGGGGCUCAUCACCCUCCUGUACCUGCCCGGGUGGCUGUGCCUGUGCCUGUACCAGGACGUGCUGUCCGACGUCCUGCUCAGGGUCAGGUGCGCCCAGGAUGGAAGGUGUCCAAGCGGAGAAAACGGGCAGGUGGACCUGAGGAAGAAAACACUUUAACACUUAGUGAGCUCACAGGAGCGUUCAUCACAUAUCACAAUAUUUAACUUAAUUCUCUUUGGAUGCACCAUUAUAAGCUUUAAUAAUGUUUCUCCCCUUGUUUAUCUCACUAACAAACAGAUUUUAUUGCAAAUUAUCAGUAAAUGCUCACCAACAUGAUUAACUUUAAUUCUUAGUUAUUUAAUUAAAAAAACACCUCAAUCAGUUUUACAAAUUUAGCUGAAACCUGGAGAAGGUUGUCCCCAAUUAUGUCCAAACACUAACGCGUUGCAAAAAUAAACAACCAAAAUGUCCACAACCUUAUUUGUUAAAACUCUGUUGUGAAGAGUGACAGGUGAUGUGCAUUCCUUUAUGGAAAGGUAGACCUUUAGCUUUUUAACGAGCCUCUGAGCACUUCUUUUAAUAAGAUGUGUUCACCUGACACGAUGGUCGUGCUCCAUUUUUCAUCUCAUUUAAAAUAAUUUGACAUUUUCCUGAUUUUACGACUGAUACUGUUUAUUUAAUUGGACUGUACCACCUUACACAUCAUAAUAAAAUGUCCAAACUGCCACUUUAAUCCUCUAGAGUCCAGUUUCAAAACACUCUCAUGUUUUGCAGUGGGUUAAAAAAAAUCAAAUUUAUUUGCUUCAGUUGUUUGAACUUGCAAAGCAAUCCCAGUCAUCAAUGUAGCAAAGAUUUUUUUAAAAAGAGCCUUUACAGCCGAACUCAUUUGGACGUGAUACUGUGAAUACUUCAAGAAACAAACGUGACAUUGCUGGAGUGCCUUCCUGUGCAAAUAGAGACUCAAUCGAUAACAAACAAAAAAAACUUCCUCUCAGCAUGAACUAAAACUGCACUUACAGUUUGACGAUAUGGAUGAUUUUAUUAGAAUACUUGAAUAUAGAAUUAAAAUGGUAUUGUAGGCUCCCUUUAUGUCUGUUUCUGUAGGGAAUUUGGCACAAUAAUAUAUUCCGUUUUCUUGUCAUCGGCUAUCACAUUAGAGAACGAGUGAGCCGUUGUGGUUUCUGUGUUUUAUGAUUUGUUUUGCACUUGGCAGCUAAACUGAUGUUCUUUAACAUUUAGAUAUUUUGCACUGCAUGAGUACAAUGACUUUUGAACGUCUUUAACAUGGCCGAGUAACUGUAUUUAAACCAUACUAAACCUUUGUCGGUGCACUUUUUUUGAAGAAAAGAAUGACCAAAUUCUCUCGUAAUAAAAACAUGAACUGUUUAGGUAAUGUCUAAGCUAAUGGAACAAAUAAAAGUACAGCUGACAAACAAUACAACACACA